AUGAGUCCAAAGUAUCCUUGGGAGCAGAAACCCUAUACCGGGCGCCAGGUCGUGUACAUCCUCGAUGCCUGUGACGACAUCGAUGAAACGGACGGCCUGAUUCAGUCCGUUCAUUACCAAAAGCAGAAGAUCGUUCGCCGCCUCUUCAAAAGAGACAGUGAAAUCGAGAUCAAAGACGUUCAGUUCCAGCGGCGGACUAAGCCAGAAGCUGUGCUUGAGUACUUUGCGAACGAGCUGAAGGAACUAACCAGUGAAGAUCUAAUGAUCAUAUGGUUCCACGGCUCAGGCAUGGAAAAUGGCGAAGAUUACGCCUGGAAGUUCCACGGCUUCCCGAAGAAGGAUGUAGACGCCUACGAGCUGAUUGGUAUGCUCAGCGAUACCAAACCUGACUGCAUGCUCCUGCUCGAUGCCUACAUCCCGGACCGCUUCUGGGAUAAGCCUACAGUUCGCAAGGCUACCAACAACUUCGAGAUCAUAGCCAAAGGCGAGACGCUCGCACGCGGUGAACAUCACAAGGGCGUUGCCGACCCAGGCGACUCCACUAACCAGCUCAUCUAUGUGCUUGGCCGUUUCGUCAAGGAGAUCCAAGACCGCUGCUCAGAGUGCAAAGCACCCAGCAAUUGGCGCAUUGAAGUGGACUUCAAGGACUGGAAGGAAAACCCCUUUGAGUGCAAUCACUGCGGCUGCGACAAAUUGCGGCGCGCGGCGUUCGGUGGGUACAAGCACAUCAUCUCCUUACCCGAGCUCAUGAUCAAAAACGAUACCUUCAAGCGCAGUGAACGGCAAAUAUCAGCCCGGAUCCGUCGAGUGGACCUUUACGGCGGAGAGCCUAACCGGCGUGUGGUGCUGGAUCCCUGCGACGUUCGAGCGACGGGUAAGAUUCGCUUUUGGGUCAAGGCCAGGAUCGCACAACCUGUAGGGCCCGAGAAGGAACAGGAGGAUGAAGGGCUGGGGGCUGAUCUCGACGGGGAUUAG